CGUGAGCAAUUAACAACAUGGCGACCCACUGGUCACUGAAGGAGGUUACAGAGGGUUGGAGCAAAUGGCAAAUAGCCCUUUGCGUUGGAGCACCAAUUGCUCUGGGAGUGGCCGGCAUCUUUUUGUACAGGAGAAGUAAAUCUAAAAAGACUGCAGAUAAUAGGGGGUCUGGUGAUAGCAAGCUGCCAGGAAACAAGACAGAGGUCGCAGAACCGAAGUCGCCCAAAGAGCUUGCGCAGACAGCCAAAAAUAAGGGUAACAAGUAUUUCAAAGGAGGCAUGUAUGACCAAGCGAUUGAAUGUUACACAGAAGCCAUUCGCAUUUGUCCGACGGAAUUCAAAGAGGAUAUCUCAACCUUCUAUCAAAACAGGGCAGCAGCAUAUGAAAAUUUGAAAAACUAUCAGCGAGUAGUUAGUGACUGUACCAUGGCUCUUGAGCUCAAACCACAGUACAUUAAAGCUCUUGGACGGCGAGCCAAAGCUUAUGAACAUAUGGAACAGUUCCGUGAUGCCUUAGAAGAUAUUACUACAGUGUGCAUUUUAGAAGGUUUUCAAAACCAGGCUAGUCUUCAGAUUGCUGACCGAGUCUUGAAAGAGCAGGGGAAAUCACGAGCUAGACUGGCUUACCAGAAGAAGAAGCCAAGCCUACCAUCUAGAUUCUAUGUCAGAAAUUAUCUUGCUGGAUUUGCCAGAGAUCCCAUUUUAAAAAUAGAAGACGUUGGCAAGGUGGGGCGUUCUAACAGAUUGACUGCAGAUGCCCAUCCUGAGGUUGAUCCUAAGGAGAAAAAAGAUGAUGGAGCAGAUGUCAAGGAGCAGACUACUGUGAUUGGAGAGGAAAAUUCUGAUGAGAAUGGAGAUGCUGUUUUGCUAGAGAAGCCAAGUGCUUUUGAACGAGCAAAAGAUUUAGUUGAGGCUAACCAGUAUGAUGAGGUCAUUUCUCUUUCCACCGAAGAAAUUGAGACACCAGGAUCUAAGUUGGUGGCUGAGUCGUUAUUGUUACGUGCAACAUUUCACAUUCUGAUGGGUCAAGGUGACGCAGGGUUGAGGGAUUUGGAUGCUCUCCUGCGUAUAGAUAACAUUAAACCAGAGGUGAAGGCCAAUGCUCUUUUAAAAAAAGGCAGUUUGCUAAUGCAGAAGGACAGACAGACAGAGGCUUUGCAAUGCUUUGCUACUGCUGAACGAACAGACCCAAACAAUUCAGAUGUUUAUCAUCACAGAGGGCAGCAACAUCUUUUAAUGGAGAAGCUGGAUGAAGCAAUUAAUGAUUUCAAUAAAAGCAUUUCCCUGUCCCCUGACUUCCCAACAUCCUAUGUACAAAAAGCAUUUGCAGAACACCGACGUGCUCUACAGCAGAAUCCAUCAUUGAUAGAGUCAGCACAAAAAUUGUUUGAGGCAGCAGUGAAAAAGUUUCCACAUUGCUCAGAUGCAUACAUGCUGUAUGGUCAGUCUUUGUGUGACGUAGGCAAAUUUGAAGAGGCUGAUCAACAGUUUAUCAAAGCUCUGGAGCUGGAACCUGACAAUGCCAACACCGUCGUGCAUCGUGGACUGCUUUUGCUACAAUGGAAGUCAAGCAUCCAGGAGGCACUGAAGCUGAUAAAUGAAGCAUUGGAGAUGGACCCUCUGUGUGAAUAUGCCUACGAAAUCCUGGGAACUAUCAGCGUACAACAGGGAGAUAUGGAAAAGGCUGUGGAGAUGUUUGAGAAGGCUAUUCAGUUGUCGAAAUCGGAAAGUGAGAUGGCACACCUGUACUCCUUGCUGGAUGCUGCACAGGUGCAGAUGAAAGUGGCGCAGAAGCUUGGCAUUUCUAUACCACUAGGUGGUGCUGGAAAUGCAUAGAUGCCGACGACUAUCAGUCUCUUGAGUGUAUGAGUCGUCAUCAGUUGAGAAUGGGGAACAUGUGUAAGAGGUGUGGCUGGUCUUUUAAUAAGUGAGAUGGAUGAAUGGUUAUGAUAGGCUUAUGUACUGUGCUUAAACCAAUUGGCUAACCUUCACUUAUAGGUUAGAACUAGCAUAGCUGAUGACACUUUCUUACACUAUUUGUGGAAAAUAUGACCAUGUGGACUUCAGAGGGUGCCCCAGCUAUGUUGCUGAGGUGUGUUUAAAUUGGUCUAAGAAGUAUAUAUUCACAACAUGUGAUUUAGUGAGAAGACUAAGCAGAAUUUUUACUAACAUUUCAUGUUUCUAUUUCUCUCUCAAAAGGUGUAGCAUUGAUUACAGCUUAGGUCCAGAAGAUGACUCCUUGUUUCAAAUAUCACUUCAUUCUUUAGUGUCAGAAAUGGUAGAUUUAAUGAGCCUUUCAAUUCUUUAGUUUGAGUUUCAUGAAUAUACAAAAACAGAAUAUGUAAAUCUUGAUAUGAUUUUAUUUUUGGAAGCUACUAAGCUGACAAACAGAAUUGAUACAGUUUUGUACUUGACAGAAAAUUUUUGCCUUUUUCUUUACACAUUUUAUUUAGUCCUAAACAGCUGUAAAUGAUUAUUUCAUACAGAUGUCUGAAAAUGUUAGGUUACAAUUGAUUGCAAAUCUAAAAGGGUACAAAUGCAGCAAUUGUGAAACAAGGUUAAGGCGUAGAUCAUAAAAAGUCUUGGCUAAAAAUUGCUGUGUUGAAAAGCUAUGUGCUCUUGGAUGCAAUUAUUUCACUUAGUUAUUUUUUUAAGGCUACAUCUCUGCUUUGACCAGUACUGUUUUGAGAAGAAAUAAUAAAUCGCACUAUAAGAAUAUAAGAACCAGAUUUCUAUUGUGGUGAUUUUGGGUGAUAUCAAUGGUGCACAAUUUGUAAGUGCAGUAAACAUCUGAUUGAAGACGUAAAAAUUAACAUGCUGCCAAAAAAAAAAAAAAUUCCGCCACGUCAAGUAACAAGUUUUCUACUCGUGUAGAGACCAUAUCCUUUAAGCUCCACACCAUUACUUGCUAGAAAAAAAUGUGGUGGGAUCAUGAACUGUUCAUCAUUGUCAAAUAUUCACUUUUGCUGGUUUCACCUGUGCUUUGGGAAUCUUCUUCAGAGGAAGACAUGCAGCUUUGUACAUCGGAAAAGCGUUUGCUGCAGUAGCUUUGUACUCUUUUCUAUUUGUCCGUCGCCACCAAAAAAGAAACUCCCGAGACACUACAGUAUUAAAUUGCUGUGAAUGACUCGUAUUCCCAUAUUGUACUCAUGGUUUUAGGCUUGUAACCUUUAGCUAACGAAGUGGUGUUUAUCAGAUUCACUUUUUGUUUUAACAAGAAGUACUUCUUUUGUGUGAGAAACCUGUGUUCUUUCUUUCAGGCUUUAAGAGCCUGAAUGAAAAUGUGAAUGUGAACAGUCUGCAGUUAUUGACCAUUGUAAGCUUGAAGUUCUCAGGUUCAUGGAUUGGUCAUGUUUGAAAAAUGCCAAGAUUUUCAGGUUGUUUACCUGUGUUAGUAAGAAUUUGACAAGAGCUUAAAAACAUUUCAGGAGUUUGACUUUUAUUGUGUAUUGAUUCAUCUAUAGCCAGUUCCCUUACUCCUGCUUAGGCAUUUGGUCAAGUUCAAAAUCAAAGGGAGACAAGCAUUAUCAAAACGGCCUGUUGGAAUGUAGCUCAGGCAAACUCUAGUUAAUAUGUGAUAUUUAUGAAAUCAUACAUUUUUUGUUUUUGAGAUGCUAGGUGGCAAAAUGUUGAAGGAGUGCAUUGUGCAAAAUAGUUUGUGUAUUUUACAUUGUUUUGUGCAGAAGAAUUGAGUUAACCUGAGUUCCAUAGCAGGGCUGACUGUUGAGCUUGGGGGUGCUGAGGGGUACCUGAUGAGUGUCAGCAUCUGGUGUAUCUUGUGAAUUCAGUCUAUGACUGAACAGUUAAUAGCCUGCUGAGGUUUUGUUUCUUCUUGGUUAUGGCAUGUCAGAAGGCUUCCUGGUCUUAUAAGGUGCACAAAUUUUUUUUUCUUAAAUCACUUUACUGAGCUUAGUAUUAGGUAACGUUUCCCCAAAUGUGGUUGAAUUACUCUCUUACAUUCCUGAAAUACAUGUCUGCAAAUAUCACCAUGAACAGAGUUGGUCAUGACAUCCUGAUUGUCCACUAAUAUGACUAAUUAAACUUUAGUUCUAGCUCUCACAUUGUCUGAAGUCUUAGCAAGUCUAUCCUGAUGUCUGUGUUUCUGUUGAGCUCUUUCUAUGCCUUAUGUUCUGUAGGCCUGCAUCUUAACAAUUGAAACGGUGUAUGCAAGACUUGGGGGAAAAACUAUCUUGGCUGAGCUGUGUCCAGUCAUUAAAAAAAAAGAAAAGAAAAAAGUUUUUGCUUUGUAGUAGACAUUUAAAAAGCUGUACCUGAUUAGUGUGGGUGUGGCCUUAGAGGCUGGAUUCAUUGGAAAUAUGCAGUAGUUGUAAAGAAAACACUGAAUUCUUUUACAACAAAUGCAUUUAGCUGUAUCUUGAAUGUAUGUUUAUUAAAUUUUUGAAAGAAAAUAUUCUUUUAGGAUAUGUAUGCAUGAAUGCUAUUAGCUGAGCAGAUUCAUGUUAUCCACUGGCACAUUGCAUGUACAUUUAUUAGAAUUCCUGUUUGAAAAUAUUUGAGACAGAAUAAAAUAUAUGUGCUUUGUGUUUGUAUGUGUGGCACUGGGGGCUGGUUUGAUUCAUCCUGAUGAAAGCCUUAAAGUGAAAAUCCAAUCAGACUCAUUCUUUCCACACUGCCAACAGUAAAGCAUCUUUAAAUGUCUUCUGUUUUAUUUCUUCUCUAUGAUCCGUAGAAUUUUCACUGCGUUUUAUCAGUUCUUAUAUCUGUUUUUAUUUGUUUCCUUGAGUACCAGAAAAAAAAGUAUUUUGAUCAGUUUUGCUUUUUGUAGAUAAACUAUAUUUUGCAUUCCCACGAGCAGUAAUUGUUAGGCAAAGUGUGUUGCAUUUGCUCAGUAAGUUUAGUUUUAAGGUCAUCUGACAUUCUUGCUUAGUGUCAUGCCUUUAUUGAUGCAAAACUGGCAGAAGAUAAAGUAAGACUGCUUUCUAUCCAACUUUUUAAAGUGUGCUGUGCUUUUUAUUAUUUUAUGUAAAAUUACGACUAAGUUUGCAUUUCAGCAGUUUUUAUAAUCAUUUGUUUUUAGCCUCAUGUAUGACUAAAAAUGAAUAACUAAGAAUAAUGUAUUUUUUUCCUAGUGAUAAGAAGAGAGGUGGUUCUUCUAAAAAUGCAGUUGUCCCCCCCUUCCCUUUUUUGUCGAUCAUAGCAUGGGCCACACGUUGUGUACUGUCCUUUGUAUGAUGCUAGUUAGCUAGAAAGUACGCAGUCUCCAUUGUCUAAUGUUUUCUGCACAUGAUACUGGAAAAAAAUUCAUUUGAUUAUUCUUUCUUGCACGAACAUCUCAAGAGCUGUUGAUCCUUUAUCAGUGAGAUUUCCUUUCAGAUAAUUGAUUUCUUACUGUGACUUGUAUUAAGGUUAUUUUUAAUAAUGAACAGCUGAUGAAGGGAUGCACUGCUAAGUCUUGAGAGUAUAUUUACAGGUCUUGUGCUUGCUUUAAGUUGCUUGGAAUGCUAAGGCAUGCAAAAGUUUGACAAAGAUACUACUGAUACAAUGUAUGCAAGUACUUUACAUCUGCAGGUUGUGUUUUAAGACAUACUAUUAUUCAUUUUUGUCUGUUAUGACUAUGAUUAAAAUUGGCUUGUUGGAAAGUUUCUGAUAACGUCACAUUAUUAAACCAAUCAGUAAAGUAGCUUGACUUUUUUUAAGAUAAAUAAUUGAAGGGACAAAUAUUUUAAUCUAAACAGACAGAAAGUUACCAGCAAACUGAAAGCGAAAUGGAAUAUGUGCAUCAGUUUUCAAAUGUGUAAUGUUUUGUAUAGCUUGGUUAUUUGUUUUCAUUUCGAGAUUGAAUACUGCUGUACAAACUGCGUGAUCUGUAUAUAUUGUAAACAAUCCAUUACAAAAAACAUAACUAUUUUGUUUGUAAACAGAGUGAUAUAAAUUCAAGAUGUAGAGCAUUUUUGUGGUGAUCAGAAAAGAUUUGAAAGUUUCUUUAACUUGAAUGCGUGCACUUAUAUACUUGGUUGGUUUGCGCUUGUAGCAUUUUUGUUCUUCGGCUUCUCAGACCAUAGAUGCUUUUGCCUUUUUAGUCAAACAUGGACUGCCUCAGGUUAUUACCCAUCGUCUCAACAAAUCCCGGAAGUGAGUUAAAAUGUUGGGCUAAAGAGUAGUCUUCAACAACUGCUAUUCAUUUAAAAGUCCAUUUAUUCUGAUAGGCCUAACAUUUUCCCCAGCUUGCAAGCUUUCACUGCUCAUCAUGCUAUGACUGUAAGGACUUUUAAUUUUGUUGUUCAUUUGCUUUAUAUGUAUCAUUUAAUCAUUCAUUUUGUUACAUUUUUAGGAUUAAGGCCAUAGAUUAUACAGAGAUGUCAUCUGCAUUGCAGUGAAGGCAAAUGUGGGACGACCAAAUGAAAACAAGCUAAUUAAACCCAUGUCCUGAUA